AUGGACUGCAACUGUGUGAGUGAUCUGCUGCUCACUCCCCCUGUACCAGCACUCUGGACGCCAGGCUUCGCCUUCCCAGACUGGGCCUACAAGCCGGAGUCCAGCCCCGGCUCGCGGCAGAUCCAGCUGUGGCACUUCAUCCUGGAGCUGCUGCAGAAGGAGGAGUACCAGGGCGUGAUCGCCUGGCAGGGGGACUACGGGGAGUUUGUCAUCAAGGACCCGGACGAGGUGGCCCGGCUCUGGGGCAUUCGCAAGUGCAAGCCCCACAUGAACUAUGACAAGCUGAGCAGAGCGCUGAGAUACUACUACAACAAGCGCAUCCUGCACAAAACGAAGGGCAAGCGCUUCACCUACAAGUUCAACUUCAGCAAGGUGGUGCUGGUCAACUACCCGCUGUUCGACAUGGCCAGCUCGCCCUUCCUGCUGGCUCAGAACCACUUCAACGGAGGCUCCGCCGCGCCCGACUGCAGCCCGGUCACCCCAGAGACGCUGCAGUCGCUGUUCCCUCGCCUGCCAGAGGCCAGCCGCGGCGGCUCGCUGUUCGAGCGCUCUGGAGGGGCCCCGGGGCCCGAAGGGGACAAGCUGCGCCUGGACGCCUUCCCGUUCCUCGGCUCAGGGGCUCCUUGUUACUCCAAGCCUCCGUCCCUGUUGGGCCCUUACCCCCGUAACCCCCCUUUCGACUACCCGUGGGGCUUUAACCCCUACCUCCCAGGGGCCUUCUCACUCAACAACUGCCCUAAACUGCCCCCUGGCUCCCUCUACCCCUCCCACUUCUACCCCAACCCGCUGCAGACCAGCCUGUCCCAGCUGCCGCACCCUUUCUCCUCGCUCCUGCCCCCGGGAGCAGCAGCAGGAGCAGGAGCAGGAGGAGCAGCAGGAGGAGGAGGAGGAGGAGGAGGAGGCCAGCCGCCGAGGCUGUGCCUCCCGCCGUACCCGGGGAGCCAGGCCUUGGGCCGGACUGAGCUGGGGAGUGCACUGGGCGAGAGAGGGGAGAGAGGGGAGGCCACCCUGCCUGGCCCCGGUGGAGCUUUCGGACUGGGGCCUGGAGGGCUGGGGUUGGGGCUGGGGCUGGGGCUGGGAGGGGUCGGCCUGGGAGGGUUGGGCGGGAGGCAGAGCCCGCUGGAGAGGCGCAGCAGCAGCGGAGGAGGAGGUGGCGGCGGAGGAGGUGGAGGAGGGGUGAAGCAGGACCCCGAGUCGGACUCCGACCUGGAGAUCACGGACCUGAGCGACUGCAGCUCGGACAACGAGGCGGACUUCGGCCUGACGAAGAGCAGUGGCCCGCGCCUAGACCUCCUCCGCCCCCAGGGGCUGGACCUCAAGGCUGCAGGAGGGGUGGCCAGCAUCCUGCCCCCCCUGCUGUCCUCCUUGCCCCCGCCCGCGUCUCCUCACCCCCUGAAGAGCCUGGUGCCCCUGACUCCUCCUCCCUCCUCCCUGCCCCCUGCCCUGGCCCCGUCCCUGCCGUCCUCCCUCUCUCCCUCCAUCACGCUGGUCGACCGGCACAGAGAGACAGAGACUCUCAAGAUGGCCCACAGUUAA